AUGGAGUUUACGCUUCUUUGUAACCUCGGAGGUCCUCGCAAUGCCAGCGUUUCUUUGCGGCUCCGACUGCUACAUGUGUGGCCGGCGAAGUCUCCAGGGGACAUCAGGAUCUACAAUUACUGUACUCUUUGGGUCGAUGAAACGGGUAUGCUGAUACAGGGCGUCUCACCGACUUCGAUGGCUGCUGGGAUUCGCCGUAAUCUCUCGGUUGGCAAGAUAUACGUCAUAAAGACUUUUGCCCUGAGCAAUCCGCCGAAUCAGUAUCGGGCCUGUUCCUUUGAUUUGGCUCUGGGUCUUUCGCCUUCGGCUUCUUUUCAGCCCUGUAUUCUGCCUACUGAAAGUUUCCCACUUGAUGCUUACGAGUUUGUGGCUUUCUCUCAGUUGAAUUUGCGUGCCGGUAACCAUCGUUAUUUGACAGAUGUCGUUGGCCGACUCAGGUCGAUCAGCGGGAUAUCGCACAAGAUCACAAAUAACGGUCCUGCAGUCAAGCAGACGGUCAUAGUUGAGGAUGAAAGCGGAGCGAAGGUCUCGAUUACGCUCUGGGAUGAGUUUUCUGCGGUGUUGGAUCACGUUGCUUUGACUCAGGCUGACUCGAUUGAAGCUGUGAUUUUGGCAUUUGGCGGCUUGCUGGUUAAUAAGCUGGGAGAUGAUUAUGUUCUGUCGAGUUCUGCCGCUACUCGCAUAUCAGUCAAUCCUCCUGUACCAAAGGCUUAUUUUCUUGCAUCUAGGUUUGCUGAGAAACAUGAGGUUGUUGAAUCAUUGCCGGUUGAGUUUGCUACUGCCGCUGAUGCUACAGCUGAUGCCGAUCGUCGAACCAGGACUUUGAGUCAGCUGCUGGCGUUAUCCAGAACAAAUGCCUCACUGGAAGAGAAGUAUCGCUGUGGUGGAGUGAUUGUUGAUGUCGAGUCAAGCACACCUUGGUAUUAUAUUUCAUGCAAGUUAUGUUCGAGGGCUGUUUCGAAGCGUCGUGAUGAUACAUUUUGGUGUCCAAAGGAUUGGCAGUUGGACGAGGAACAAACUCGCGUCAACUACAAGCUCCAGCUUACACUGAGGGAUGACUCUUUUUUCUUCGCCCCCUCCGUUGGCUACUCCUAUGAUGCGUGCAUCGAGUAUCGGGGGGGGGGGGGGGGGGGGGGGGCCUCUGGUUCAUCGAGGGCCUCGAAGGGAAAGGAAAAGGUUUCAGACUCUCUUCUCAUUGAAACUCCGGCUAUGCCGUUUAGCAUCACUGAUGAACCAGAUCUGAUUGUCAGAUUUCCCAAUUAUGAGGCCAGGGAUUUCCGAAACCCUAUUUCUGCAAAUGUCAGAAAUGAAGAUAUUGAUACUGAGUCACGGGUUCUUGGAGCUUCUCAAGUUUCAGCGAUGGGAGUACAGGUGGGCUCUACCCGAACUGUUGCACCUGCUGCGAUGUCCUCUGCUGUUCAUUCUGUUAUACCAUCUGUCCAAUCUGAUGCUUCGAUGAUCCCCAGACGAUCAGCAAGAAUUAAAGAGUCUAUGAGCCCCGAGGAUGUUGGUCGCGGCUCAUCUAUGCCAGCUGCGAAAGUUUUAAAGCCAUCCCCUGAGUCAUCUCCUGGAAUGACUUUAGGUUCAACCGUCGUGUUGGUUUCUCCACUGUCCAAGAUCAAGGUGGAGAAAUUGGAUGCUGCCGAAAGUGCUCAGGCGCAACAUGGUGGUUCCUCACAGGCAGGUGUUGAUAUGGAAAGGGAUGCUUCGGUGGAUAGUCAGAAAAAAACGGCGGCAAAGCGUGGUUUGUUCAAGAAGUGA